AUGCAGGUGACAAGCGAUCAUGGUUCUCAAGGACCGGUGGUCUUGGGCAUUUGUCUAGCAUUCGCCAUCUUGACAUUUAUCGUUUUGGCGCUGAGGCUCUUUGCUCGAGUCUAUGUAUUGGGUAAAAUGGGUGUCGAUGACUAUCUUAUCAUAGGAGCUGCUCUUCUUGCUUGGGCAUUCAUCGGAGCUGUAAUUUCUGCUGUCAAAAAUGGACUUGGUCAACACUAUGAAUAUACCGAUAAGAGCUUACUUCUAAACUACUCCUUUGCGGUUUGGUUGAGUUCAAUGUUCUAUCUUGCAUGUCUUGGAUUCAUCAAGACCUCCGUCUUGUGGUUUUAUACUAGACUCGGAGACCGCUAUCUCACUCGGAUCUCCUGGAUCAUGAUAGGUGUUAUUAUCUGUCAGGCCGGUUCCUUCGUGCUGGUUGCCGCCUUUCAAUGCACACCGGUCAGCAUGGCCUGGACUAGUACCGGCCCAGGAACAUGCGUGAACAUCAACGUCUUCUAUCUCUGCAACGCGGCUCUAAACAUUCUGACCGAUCUGUUGACUUACACAUUACCUGUGCGAGUAAUCUUCAAGCUACAAAUGCCCCAAAAGCAGAAGAUUGCGCUUGUCUUUAUUCUCUGUUUGGGUCUCUUUGCCUGUAUCUCAUCUAUCAUCCGAAUUACCUACAUCCCUGCCAUGCUCACCUCCGCCGAUUACACAUACGCCAUCAGCGGUGCCAUGUACUGGUCCGUCAUCGAAACCAACGUCGGCAUCUUUGCGGCCUCAAUCCCUUCCUUCAAGGCCAUCGCUUCUCGCUUCAUUCCCCGCUUCAUCGGCGAGUACAGCAGUGGACGCAAGUACGGUCCAUGGUCGGGCAACACCGAUGCUCGGAAGUACGGAUCCGGGUUCACUAAAGUGACCGAUCCGAAUCAAAUCACUAUGAACACUAUGCGCGGCGGAGAUGAUGAUGAUGUUGGUUUGGGUACGCAGAUUGGUGCUGGGGAGCGGGAUAAUUCGAGUGAGGAUCGGAUUAUCAUCCCGGACGGAAAGAUAUUUACUCAGACCGAGAUUGAGACGACCGUUGAGACCACUGGUGAUUUUGAUUCCUCACGCGAGCAGGCUCGUCGGUCGAACCGAGGUUAUUCAUAG